AAAAUAUUGAUACAAUUUACUUCACAUAAAAUCAAAUCGAGAAUAAAAUAUUUUUGGAGGAACAGGGGUGAGAGGGAACAAUAGACGUUACGCCACUGGAGCGUUCCAACCCUCUUGUUAAAAUCUGCGUUUGGAGGGUGCAUCUGUCACUACGUUUGCCUCGAUUCUAAGCCAGUUAACAGUGUCUCAGUGGCUGUGUUUCAAUGAUUUCUAUUAGAACUCCAUAAAAAAAUCAGUUUAUAAAGAAAUUAUGUGAAAUUUGUUGCAUUAAUAUACGUGUAGUUAACAAAAAACCACCCGUCUCGGAGAAAACGUCCCCCUAACUACAAUAAUUUAAUUAUCAUAAAAAAUCGAUUAUUUUUAAGGGUUUGUUUGAUUCAAAGAAGUUUUGACCAUUUCCUGUCGAAAAACGGAAUGAGAUAGAAACGGCCCGUGUUUGGUUUUUAUAAAUUCAUGAGUAAACACCGUCAAUAAUAAAUGAUCAAGUCGUUUGAGUGCGAAUCUUCGUCUGGGGACGAAACCACCACAGUAUACCCCAUCUCUCGGGCGGUGGUGGAACCGCCUCAAUGGCUAAGGGGUGGAACACCCUCCGCCUGGGGCUGGCAGCACCCGAAUUCUUCCGGUGGUGGUGGUGGUGGUGGUCCGAGUUCAUCAAUAUCAGCACCAAUCGAAGCUCCUAAUUUCCCACAAUUCGGUGGGCAUCAUUCAACAGAGGAAGGUCAAAUACCAGGACGAAGAACACCGUUAGGAGCAGUGGGAUUAGGAGGAUUUCAAUUUCAAGGUCCUCACAUUAAUCAUGGCCCACCAUCAGAUGAAAAUAACCCAGAUCCAACGCGACCUCAAAGUAGAUCACCACAAAAUCGAGCAAUGCAAAAUAACCCACAAGGAAAAGGAAAAAAUCGACAAGGAAAAUCGGUUCGAUUAAAUAUAAAUGCGCGAGAACGAAGACGAAUGCAUGAUUUAAAUGAUGCAUUGGAUGACCUUAGGGCUGUCAUACCAUACGCCCAUUCACCAUCCGUCCGGAAACUGUCCAAAAUAGCCACUUUACUUUUGGCUAAAAAUUAUAUUUUGAUGCAAGCGAACGCCUUGGAAGAAAUGAAACGAUUAAUAGCUUAUUUACAAGGAACCACAGCAAGUUCAACAAUCGUAGCACCUCCAGGAUUCGAUUUGCAAGGAUUUCCAGCCGCUGCUAAGUUUCUUCAGCAGCAGCAACAAUUACAAGCGGAAAAUGCGAGAAAUUCUGAAGGAAAUGAGUCGGGAAAUUGUAAUUUAUGAGAAAAAGAACGAACCGAAGUGUUUUAAUUUAGAAUCUAGUCUAACUUUAGUGAUACGCGACUGAUAUUACGUUCUCAGAGAUUGAAUUCACACUAGUCAAAUAAUGUGCCAAAUGUAAACAUUAGCAAUAAAUAUAAACAAAAAGAUGUAGGGUUAGGUUUUAGAUAAAAACGUGUUCUUUAUAAAUUCGUUUUAUUUAUUUUUCUUAUUUACGUAUUUAUGGAGAGGUGAUUAACUAAAAUAUUAAUUUAUUUAUUAAUUUUAGAUAUUUUAUGUUUCAA